CUAUUUUUCUCAUUCGAUCGUCUCCAUCAUUGUGCGGAAGAAUCGGACGAGUGGUGUGUGAAAUUCAUUUAUUUUUGAGCCAGUGGAAUCCCAUAUAGAAUAAAAUCAUCCAAAAUGCAGGGAAUGAGCUUGGCCAGCAUUAAGAAAAACCCAGCGCUGAUCCCGCUGUACGUGUGCGUUGGUUUGGGCGCUGCCGCUGCUGUGUUCUACACAGCCCGUCUUGCACUCAGUAGCCCCGAAGUCACUUGGAACCGCAAGAGCAACCCGGAACCAUGGGAGGAAUACAGAAAUAAGCAGCACAAGUUCUACUCCCCGGUCAGAGAUUAUUCCAAGUCUGCGAGCCAAGCCCCCAAGUACACGGAAUAAGCUAUCCCUGUCGCAAGCUCUUGCUUCGAAUCAAUUGUAGCACCUUGUAACAACAACACAGGUAGA